AUGUUCAAUGGCCGAAAGUCGAGCAAGAGAACAAAGCAAACCACAGUGAAGGGUCCUUGGGGAAAGGACGAAGACGACGUUGUGAUCAGACUGGUGGGACAAUAUGGACCGAAGAGAUGGUCCCUGAUAGCCUCCAACCUCCCUGGAAGGACUGGGAAGCAGUGCCGAGAGCGAUGGCACAACCAGCUCGAUCCCAACAUCAAGAGGGAGGAGUGGACGGAGGAGGAGGAUCGCAUCCUUAUCGACGCGCACAAGAAGGCAAGCUCUCUCCUCGCCUUUGGGAACCAUUGGGUCGGGAUCAGCAAGCUGCUCCCUGGACGUACCGACAACGCGAUCAAGAACCGCUGGAACUCUACGAUGAGUAAGAUGAACUUGCUGUGCUGUUGCUGCUCCUCUCACUCAGGACAGAAAAACGAGCGAUGCCAUCCCCCGUCUCCAAGAAGCUCACACCCAGCAGCACGGUCAAAGAGACUGCAAGUCUGA